AUGGAGUAUAGAAGAAGUUCCAUGGUUAUGAAUCGAAAGCAACAAGCUAGUACAAACCCUCAGAUAUAUGCUAGCUUUGCCGGUGCUGGUGUCCCCCGGACUUCGAAUGGAAUCUUAGACGAUAUGCCUACAAUGUGGUGGGAUGAGGAAAGAAUCCAAACCACUGUUACACGGCAAUUUGUGUCAUCAAAAUUACGUCCAGACGAGCAAGAGCGUCUAGACGAGCCAUUAGGCUUUGGCGACGGCUUGACCGAUGACACGUAUAUGGAAUGGAUUGAAGAGAAAGCCAAAAAGAUAUUUUUGAUCUUAGUGGAAUUGGGCGUGCCAGAUCAAAUAUUUGGAGUCAUCGACGAUUCUUGGGGCGAUGAUGAUUUGCCAAUACCCAUGGACCAAGUUGGGAGGCUACAAUUGACCUACGAUAGGAACGAAAAAUUGGAGAAGAAGUUUUUCCAGCGCCAAUUCAACUACCUGCUUAGAUAUAUUGCUAAAGGCGAACAUAUUUACUACGAUGAUGUAGAAGUGGUACCGCUGGAGCCAGUAGAGAAGAGACCCGCUAGAUCAGUAACUAGUCUUCUGCCGAACAGUGUUGACCAAGUCCAUUUACCUGGUAGGCCAGACACUGUCUUUCUACGCCGACGAGUACUCUUAGGCACUUCGCCAGACCGAAUGCUACAUGAGGAAUUUCUCUCGGGCAUUCAGGCAAUGAAAGGUGUUGAACAUACACAUUUUACUUCCUUGUGGGCUUCUUAUAUACACCAGGAUAAAGGCUACCUACUCUUGACUCCGGCCAACGUCAACUCGCUGAAAUCUUUUCUCACAAUAAUACCUCAAUCUUUCAAGAUUUUAGCAAAGCAGGAUCGCCGUAUCCUCAUUCUAAACUGGCUUCACUGUCUAGCCGGUGCUCUGUCUUUUCUCCAUAAAACUGGACUUUCGCAUCGUAACAUAAAGCCCUCAAAUGUGAUGCUCGACCUUGACAAUCAUAUAUUUCUAGGUGAUUCUGGUGUUUUCCCUACACAGCUCUCAACUGGGGAGAAAGGAGGAUUUGAUAAAGAGACCUACGAUUACUCUGCCCCAGAACAGCACCAUUAUACAGCAACUUCUACAUCCAGCCUCCCCAAUACCCGGAUAGUGUCGUCGCGACCACCGGCUUCUAGUCGUUCAGCUCGUGUUCCGAGUGAGUCUAUGUCUCAAACCGCUUCAACGUCCUUGGGAAAUGAUUCUUCGUCAAUCCAUACCACUUCAACCAGCUCACAAUCAGAAGGCUCAGGUCCGACGCAAACCAGGAUACAGAGCAGAGUUGGCAGACAUGACCCCCAAAAAGCAGAUAUUUUUGCUUUAGGGGCCAUUUUCAUUGAAAUUAUAACAUUUCUUAUGAAGCGAGCCACAAGGAAUUUUGCCUCUCAUCGAUCAUCUAAGAACAAAACUCCGGGUCGCGGUGGAGGAAUGCCAGAUUCCAGCUUCCAUAAAAACUUGACACAAGUCGACAGCUGGAUGAAUACGCUUCUCAAAGACGCCACGAAAAAAGAGGACAAAAUCUUUAGAGGUGUUUCUCAAUUGAUUGCGAUCUCUCAAAGAAUGCUCUCGCCCGAGCCAGAUGAAAGACCAUCAGCAACGGAAGUCCAAGAGAGGAUAUACGCCAUUUUGACUGAGAACUGUGGCCUGAGAGAUAAUUCUGGAGAAAGCAAUACAGAAAAAGGAGAAAUACACUGCGAAACUCGAAUUACAGAAGACCAGUGGAACUUUGGUUUCGAUCAAUUGCGCCUAGCAAGCCAGAGAGCCGCGGCAGAAGCGUGCGCUUCGGUGGCGGGUGAUACAAUGGCAAAUCUACCGGUUGGAAAUGGAGGCGUAAUAUAUGGCGUAGAAAGAGUAGCAACGGUAGUGAAUAAUGGAAUUCCCUUGUCGUCAAUGGGAGGACGAGAAGGAGAUCGCGUUAGUAUCAAUACGAAAACUAGUAGUGGAAAAAGUAGCGAGGGAAAAGGUAAAGGUGCUGGAGAGGGAAAAGCAAGACCUAAAGCUAAGGCUUGGCAAGCUCCCGUUUAUGCCGAGCUUAGUUUCGGCUAA